ACUGUACAAAGCAGUAAGGUAAAACACAUCUUUCUGAAGCAGAGAAAGAAACAAGUAUGAAUCCUAGAGUGUCCCUUGCUCUCUGAGCCCAUGGCCAACAGCCUGCAAAAGGAAAGCCAAUCAGCUUCUUGAUGAGGUUCACCUGCUCAGAGAACACAGGAAGCGUAACAGUUUCACAGAAGCUGAGAGUUCUACCUUGAUUUCUUCAUUUUUCUUACUAUCAAAAGCUUUCUUGAAAAGAUUUGGAGACAAAAAUGUCUCAAAAAUACGGCUCAAAUUAUACAAGCAUGUUGCUUGUGUUUCUGCUGAUGUUCAGAAAUCUGUGUGAUGCAGAGAGGAGCACAGGCGGUGCCACCAGGCCUCCAGAUGGACAGAAGGGGGACGGCAGCGCUUUCUUUGCCCUGCGGAGCUGCCACCAGCUCCUUCAGGGCGACGGCGGAGAGUUUUUCUCCCCAGACUACCUGUGCUCAAAUCCUCCUCUGUGGUGCAACUGGACCAUCCAGGUGGAUCCCGGGAAGAGGAUCCAUCUUCGUCUGGAAGACUUGACUCCUGAUGAGACCUGUGAACUCAAGCAGGACCAGAUCCACAUAGAUGAGCCUGCUGGUCAUUCAGGAGGCCACAAGGUGCUGCAGAAGUGCUGGCAAGAAGCCAAGUACACGUCGUCUUCCAACACUCUGUACGUGGUUCUACUGAUCGGAGGCUGGCCCAGGCCUACUUACAGGGGCUUCUAUGGGCGCUACCAGGCUUUUGGACAGCCGGUGGUCUACAACCCCAAAGAAGGCUUCACGGGGAGAAGUAAGGAAUCUAAGCUAUCUUCUGGUCUGAUGGACUUCAGUGACUUUGACUCGGCUGUGAACAGUGAACAGUCAGAAGUAGCCAACUCUGAUGUGACAUACGAUUACUACGACCAGCAUUUAACCAUGAGAGCCAGGCAGCCCUGGGGGACUGGUGGUGCCGAGAGGCUGACAGACCUGGGAAAGAUGGUCCAGAACCUUCAUCCAUCCACAGCGAACCACAGCCAGGCUUACCAGUUCGUGGCUUCUCCCACAUUGUCGACCUCCACUCCCAGGACAUUCCGAGCAGGAAGAGGUGUCACUCACAGCUUUUCAAACCAGGCUGAUUCCGCUGCUGGCCCCAAGUCUUCACAGCAGCACCCUGGUGGGUUAAAGCCCAGCCACAAUGACUCUACUGCAGCACGGGACAACGCUGUGGAAGGGCGUAAUACAGAAGAUGGGAACACGCCAUCUGUAGGUGGUUCAAUGAAAGCUGAAGGUAAAAGGCUGGAGGUUAGUCAGACCUCAGACCAGCUCCCUGAUGGCUCAGGACCACAGAAUGUUGACCACGAUCAUCAUCACCACCAUCCCAAUGGGCCGGAUCUCCCAUCUGACCACAGAGGCAGUUUGAACCUGAACAAUCACACUGAAACCCCUCACCUUCCUGGUGAUCACUUGUUUGAAGUUGCUGUGGAGGUGAAUUUCAGCCAGGAUUCAGAAGAGACCUGGGACAACCUAGCCAGGCUGCUGCUGUCGUCAGUAAAGUCUUUGAUUAAGAAGCAGUUGGAUAUCCUUCACACACACGUGUCCCUGUCAUCAAAGAGAAUCAAAAGGUUGAAUGCUGGAGCGCUCUAUAUCCUCUGGCUGAAGAUCGGACAAGGACCUGGAGGUGUGCAGAUCCACAGGGCUGUCCACUCUGCCAUGCAGGGGCUCCUGACCCCCGGGGUCAGCCUUCAAGCCAGCGAUAAGAAUGCCGUCAUCAUGUCUGUGUCUACUGCAGAUGUGAAUGAGUGUGGAACCCAGCUGGUUAUGUGCGAUUUUAACGCCGAUUGUGUGAAUCAGUUUGGAACGUACUCCUGCCACUGCAGGCCAGGGUUCCAGGAUGAGUCCCGGGUGGGAUCAGGAGGAACCGUGUGCAUGGAGUCGCAGGAUGCAGGUUGCACUUCAGGCCUGACCUCGGAGAGCAAAGGCGUCUACGUGCUUUUCUUCCUGCUCAGCUUCCUCAUUCUGACCUUGAUGGUGGUGGCUGGGACCCUGUACCACCGCCACCACCGAGGAACUUUCCUGGUCCGCUGCAACAGCAGAGACAGCAUUUCUCCCCCUGACCCAAACAACAACCACCACCUACACUCUGAUGACAGCUACUCCACGCCCACUGAGUGUGACCUGCCCCCACCACCUCCUGCAAGAGGCAUCAGAGAGGGCUGGGUCCCAGUGAAGGAGCACUGCCCCUCCAUGGACCUGACCCUGCUGCGCUUUAACUCCCUGCUGCCACCAGAUGGCUACAUUGAUCCAAAGGACAAAGGAAAGAUGUGACCGGAGUCUAGUUAUGUGUAUAUCAACUCAAAUCUUCUCAGAUCUCAGACUGUCUGUCUCCUGAUCAAUAAAGUUGCAACAAACGAGCAUCA